GCCGCUACGGCCACCGACCCGAGCACAGUCCUCGCGCACACUCCGUCAGGCGGCUGGCUGCUCCCACCACCUCACACAAACACUCACAACACAGGAGACAAACCCUCCCUCACCACCACCACUACCCAUGACACCACCUGCAGGUGCCCAAAGUACCACAGCGGUGCUGGAGCCACCGCUCGCAACCUCCAACUCUGCUGCUACUGACGCAGAGGUCAUUGACCCUCCGCCUCCUCCCGUACUGACCUUACGCAAUUAGGAAUAACAUGAACGCAGGUGCUACACAGGAUACAGUGCUUGUGUUGAACAUCUUCAGCAAAGUGUCGUAGAAGGAAUAAUUAGUGUGAGACGCAUAAGCUUUUCCCGUUUGUGUGUGUGUACGCGUGUGUUUUUAUACCAUCAGUGACGUGUGAUUCAUGGUGCAAAACAUCCUUGGUUAUCACCACCAGCAGGUGCUAAUCCGCGGUGCUCUACUUAAAACAGAAAUCUACUUCAGUACUUUAAAACCUCGAGCACUUUAGUGUCUGUGUGUGUGUUUUGUUUACUUGUAAAAAUUACUAAAACAGAAAUGAUUGGAAACAGAUCAUCUGUGACCUGAUUGUAUUCUUAUAGUCCUCUGUGUUGGAGUAAAUUCUGUGACUUUAUAUUGUAAAUGUUCACGUGUGUGUGAAUGAACUUUGCACUAGUGUACUCUGGCGUGGCAGUGAUAUUCCCUUCCACAAGACACCACAUAAACAAUUACGCUGGAUCCCCUGAACAAACACCAGUGGGAUUUCGGUACCCUGCUGAAGAAUCCGGAGGAGAGUGUAGCGAAGAUGGAUAUUUUAAGCGAGUUGUUUGGGCCAGGAUGGGAGAGAGAGGUGGCAGGGGAUGCUGUAGACACGACCACCCCGUCCUCCUCCACACCCACGCCCACAAACCGCCCACCCUCAACCGAAAAGAAGUCUAACUCCAUCAAAGGUAAAGCUCAGAUUGAGAUCAUCCCAUGCAAGGUGUGCGGCGACAAGUCGUCUGGUGUACACUAUGGGGUGAUCACCUGUGAGGGUUGUAAGGGCUUCUUCCGUCGUUCCCAGUCCUCAGUGGUCAACUAUCAGUGUCCACGCCAGAAGAACUGUGUCGUUGACCGUGUCAACCGCAACCGCUGCCAGUACUGCCGUCUACAGAAGUGCCUCGCUCUUGGGAUGUCCAGAGACGCUGUGAAGUUCGGGCGGAUGAGCAAGAAACAGAGAGAGAAGGUUGAAGAUGAGGUGCGAUACCACAAGGCAGCACAGAUGGUCAGCAUGACGGGUCAAGAAACCUCACCAGACUCCUCCAUGUAUGAACCUCCCACACCCACCUCUUCAGAUAUAUACACGCCGUACUAUGGGCCGGAAAUUUCCUCCUUCUCUGCCACAGGGAAAAUUUCCCCUCAGACCACCACACCUACCAUACCCUUUGAGAUAAACCCAGACUAUGUGGUUGACUCUACAACGUUUGAUCCCCGUCAGACCUCAUUAGACCCACUGCCAGACUCCGGUGCAAUGUCACCAGUUGUGUCCUCUGAUCCCACACAACUUGCAGAGAUUCUGGCUCGAUGGGUGGCUGAUGCUCACUUAAGAACGUGUUUGUACUCUAGUGAGCAUAUAGCAGAUGUUAUGAGAAAGCAAUCCCUUGACAUCUCCAAAGUUACUUAUUACAAAAAUAUGGCGCACGAGGAACUGUGGUUUGAUUGUGCCCAGAAACUAACGUCCAUAAUCCAGCAAAUUAUUGAAUUUGCGAAGGCUGUUCCAGGCUUCAGAAAAUUCUCACAAGAUGAUCAGAUUGUUCUUCUCAAAGCAGGGAGUUUCGAGUUAGCUGUGCUUCGAAUGACCCGGUACUACGAUGUCAAUCAGAACUGCGUGGUGUAUGGUGACACACUUCUUCCCAUGGAGGCCUUCCUUACCACAGAGACAGUGGAAAUGAAACUUGUUAACAACGUCUUUGAAUUUGCCAAAACUAUCGCUGAACUUAAAUUGACAGACACAGAGUUAGGCUUGUACUCUGCUCUAGUGCUGCUACAAGCAGAUCGGCCAGGUCUCCGGGGUACUGAAGAGAUUGCGAAGCUAAAUGAAGCUGUAGGGCGAUCGUUGUGCUUGGAGCUGGACAAGACACACAGGUUUCCAGUCAAAGGGGAUAUCACUGUCUAUGCCUUCCUGUUGGCCAAGAUGCCUGCCCUUAGGGAAUUGAGCAUGUUACACGAGGAAGCCCUGAGUAAGUUCAAACGUGCUGCACAACAUCUCCAAUUUUCCGAUCUCCACAAGGAAAUCUUCAAUGUAGAUUCCUGAGGUGCCUAUACCUGACUGCCUGGUUAAGAUGAUAAGUGCAGGGGAGCUGUCGCUCCUCAGGCUCUGUUACUCCAUCACAUCCUUUUCUAUGAGAGAAUGAAUCAUCUGUACAUUACCUUCGUGAUUUGUUUGUUAGUGUUACUUGUUAGUGCAGAGGACUAUGGACUCUUUAAAAUGCCAUUAUAGAUGUGUUGUGAGUUAUACAGAGUCUAACAAGUGUUUUGUUUCGAGGAGUGGGGUGCUCAAAACCUCCAGUCUCAGAUGCAGUAUAUUAAUAUGAAGCCUAAAACAGCCCCUUGUAGAAUAAAAUGUUGAUAAUGAUGCCUUACAAUCAGAGUCCAGCAGUAUUGGCUGUUGGCUUUGUAGGUGAGUGUUAGUGAGUUCCCACUAUGAUAUAGGGAGUCACUUGAUAUGUCCAAGGUUGAUGAUACUAUACAGUUUAUUUUUUAAGGAAUCGUAUAAACACCCUUGACAAUGGUCCUUAUCUUUGUAAAUUGAAGAUAUUGUAUACUUAAAAAAUAUUUAAUUAUAUUACAUGAAUUGUUGUAUACUAUAAAUCUUUAUUGCUUAUAGGAAAAGCUAUCAUUCUCAUGUUUAUCAUUGUCAAAAAAAUAUAAACAAAAUUAUCACUGACAUCACAUCUCCAUCACUAUGUUUAUAAGUUUUUUAUAUAAGUUUAGCUAGCUUAUAAUUUUGUAUAGUUUAAUUUAUUUUUGUUCAGCUUUUCCCAGCAAACACAUUAUGAAAUCAUAUAUUGUGCCAGUUGAUACUAACCUGCAAAUGAUAGGGUCACCAUUGGCCACGCUUGCUCGUGUCCUGGCAAGAAGCAAAUAACUGGAGGGAUGGAACAGUGGUACAAAGAAAAUGAGUGUUCCAUAGUUGGUUACUGGUAUGGGCCAAAAUUUGUAGAAAACUGCCUUCAAGCUGGGUUUUUUGUAACAGUGCUUGAGUUUUAGAGAGAGACUGCAUUUAAAAUGAAUUAAAGACUCAUUGAAAAAUGCAUAAACAAAAUUAAACUGGAAAUCUGUGUUAUGCUCAAGUGGUGAUAAGAAAUCUGGUGUAUGAUAUGCUGAGCGUCCCAGACUCUCAACAUGGCCUCAGACUCUCAUGGAAGCACUGUCUUGCGUCCUUUGCCCAUUCCAGCCGUGCUAGAGUACAAAUAGGUUAGAGCCGAGGCCAUCCUGCCCUGUCUUGUCUCCUGCAGUCCUGCCCUGGACCCACUGGCCUGUGACCGCAUCCUCUUACAGUCUUUGGUCUAAAGGUUCCUAAAGCCAUCUCAAGUCAGUCUUUUUUCUUCAUGACCGACGUGUGUUCAGGCCUGUGAGCCACCUUUCUGUUGGCCAUUAUAUAUAUAUAUAUAUAUAGAUAUAUAUAUAUUUAUAUAUAUAUAUUUUUUUUUUUGUCUUGACAUAAGCUAAUGCAGUUGGCUUUAGGUCCAUUUGACUGCAGACACAAAGUGUACAGAAAGACACAGCUUCUGUUGUAGAUGUUAAGGGGUGGCAGUUGCUGGAGGACCUCUAGUGCUUAGUAUCUAGAGUCUAGUGUGCUUGGGAGAGUUUGGGGCUAGUCUUGCCCUCCUCCAGCCCACUCAGAAGGGUUCAGUUCCCUUAAGUAGUACUGUGGGGAUACAAAGCUAGUCCAGCCCCUCUCUGCUGGCAUCAGGUCACAGCUGUACUGUACAAACUCUCCGGCCUCCGCUGUGAUGCUUGCUGCCUGCUGCCACCAACCAGCUAUUUAUUUAUUUGUGUAAUGAUCAUCCCAGUCUGUGCUGUGCUUCAUGAGAUGGAUUACACAGCAAGCAGCAAGUGGCUACUCUGUAUAUUGUAUACAGACUCUCCUAUUGGUUAUUGUGCAUUAAACAAUUCUCCCUUUGGUCCUUCCUCUUUGGGGUGCGGGAAAUAACCAGCUAGGACGUCUUGUACUCACCACACAUAAACACAGGGGUUACAGUAAACUGGUAUUUUGGCUAACCUGGAGUUUUAUUAUGCCUUUGGUAUCAUCAGUUUUUAUAGGUUCAAAAGUUUAUUAUCCUUUUUCUGUCAGAUCCAUAAUAAAAAAUACAUCUUUU